CGAAAAUUAACAUAAAAUAUAUUAAAGCUUGUUUUUCAUUUGUAAAUGAAAGAGAAAUUCUCAAAACUCUUAAUAUACAAGAGAAAAUCGUCAUAAUACAAAUUUCUACUUAUGUUUUCUUAUAAUUAAUAUUUGAAAAUGGAAAUAUCUAUAAGAAAUCAAACAUUUGAAAAAAAAAAAAUAAAAAAAAAAAUGAGUAAGGCAGAAAUGCAAUUAGCAAUAAUUAAAAAAAAAAAAUGUGAUGCUAAAGCUCUCACAAUUGUUGAACAACUUUUAGAAUCAAAAAUUGAUUCCCAGUGGCUUUUAAGUAAUUUAAAAUAUAUUAAUAAAAAUCAUAUGGAAGAUGUGAUUGAAGAAAGAGCCAUAAUUAAAUUAUGUGGUUAUGUGUUAUGUAAUAAUGCAUUAAAAACAAUAACAGAUCAACGGUAUCACAUAUCAACAAAGAAAAACAAAGUUUAUGAUAUAACUCGACGUAAAAAUUUUUGUAGUUCACAUUGUUAUGGAGCUUCUAAUUAUCUUUUAGAGCAAAUGCUCACGAGUCCUUUAUGGUUAAGAGAUAAAGAAGAAAUACCAGAAUUCCAAAUAUUAUUAACUAAAGAUAAAUUUAUAAAAAAUGUAGUUGGAGAUGAAAUUUAUGUGAAAGAUAUAAAAAUGAUAUCGAAUCCUGAAAACACAGAUAAAUAUAUAAAAAAUAAUAAAAAUUGCAGAAAAAAUAUGCUUCCAAAUAAAUGUUCAGAAUUUAAUGUAUGUAAUGAAUAUAUAAAAAAAAGUUCUCAAAUUAAUGAAAAUAUACAAACAAUCAAUAUCAUUGAAAAACCUAAUGUUUUCAAAGAAUUUUCAAAAAAUUUAGAUGAAACAUCUAAAGAUAUAAAAAAUAUAUCCAUUAAUUCAAAAGAUAACAGUAUUAAAAACUUUAUAAAUGAUGAUAUAGUUAAAGAAAUAUAUAACUCAAAAGAUAAUAAAAUAGAUACAAUAAUUCAAGAUACUGAAAAUAUAAAUAAUGAUGUUAUUUUUUCAAAUGAAAAUAAAGAUUAUAAUAUAAAAAAUGAAGAAAAGGAUGAAGUAUUUGAAACAUCAGCAACAUCAGAAUAUAAUAUAAAUAUUAAAACACAAGAUAAUAUUAAUAAUGAUAAAGAUUUUAUGUAUGUGUGUAAACAAAAAAAAUUUAAACAAAAUUCUAUUAAAGAAGAACAAUCAGAUAAAUUUUAUAAUCUUACAAUCCAUAUUGAACAUAAUGUAAAGGAAUGGAUUACUAAAGAUACUAUUGCUUUAUUAACAGGAAUAGAAGAUAUUAAAAAUCAAUUAUUAGAAAAUAUAAUUCAACAUGAUCGAUAUUUGCAUUUAUGUAAAAAAUUGAAUAAAUUACAGAUAGAAGAUGAAAAAAAUGAUUGUAUAGAUUUAACUGCAAAUAUUUUAAAACCAUUACCUCAUUUAUCUAUUCUUCAAGAAGAAGGAAAAAAAAUGGAAUUAAAAGUUCGAGCAUUUUAUAAAGGAAGUAUGAUUAUAGAAAAUCAUAAAAAUAGUACAGAAGUUAUUGAACAAGAUAAUGAUUUUAUUCCUGUAUUACCUUUAACAGAUGCACAUGCACCUAAGAAACUUCGACGUCGAAUAUUUUUAGAUAAACUUAAUAAAAUAUUACCUGAUUUAUUUAAUGCUUUAACUAAAAAUAAAUUAUCACAAUAUGUAUACAAUAGUGAAAAAAGUACUUUAAUUAAAGUAUUAAUUAAUACAUUUUCAUUAUCUGCUUCAAAUGUUAUUUUUAAGACAACUGAAUGGACUCUUGUAGGUCUUAUUAUUGUUAAAAUGUUGAGCAUGAUAGAUCCAGAGCUGAAAUGUUUAUUAUCAACCAAACAAGCAUUAAUGUAUAUUUCAAUGAUUUUAAUGUCAUAUAAAUUAGAUUCAAAUUAUUUAGAGAGAUUAAUAAUGGAACUAAUUAAUAAUAGAGAUUGAAUAUAUAUAAUAAUAAAUAUUAAUCUACUGUAAAUUGUUUAUUUUUUUAUAUGUUAUAUAUUGCACAUGUUAUUAUAAAUUUAUUAAUUAAUAUAAGUGAAAUAUAAAUGAAAAAUACAUUUUUUAUAUAUUUUAUAUAUAAUUUAUAUAUAUAAUUUUGAAUAAUUAUUUAUAUUAAAUUUAAAAUUAUGUAAUUUAUUAUUUUUUGGAUUUAUGGUUCAAUAAGGUAUAAAAUAAAAACUCACAUUUACAAAUUAAA